AGGCCCUCCGCCCCAGACCGUCCUUCCCCGCAGGGCCCGGGUCAGCCCUGGGCGUGGGGCGGUCGGUCAAAUCCAGCCGCGCUAGUUAGGAGGGGGAAGCGGAGCCCGGAGCCGCCGCCUACGGUGACUCAUCAGCGGCUCCCUGCGGAACCGGACUCUCCCCUCGCACGCAGCAGAAACGCCUGGGGCAGCGCUUCCCGCGGGGAAGGGGACUCAGCACAGGGCCGUCGCCACCCGGGGGAGCCCCUCACGUUUAACAGGUCAUUGCAUCAGAUCCUUGACAAAAGACACAGCAUAUUAUAGAACACGUGAGAUGUCAUCAUGCUCACCAUUCAAUAAGGAUGCAAAAAAAAAUUGAAAAAUGCAAAUUAUCCAUACAACUGCUGUAAUAAUGAUCCCUGUGCUAUUUCCGCUGCUCUUUGGAUAUGUCCUUUCACUGCCAGACUGUCCCCAGAAGUGUUUAUGCACCCCUUCUCUAAUGGAUUGCCGCCGUGCCAGUUUAUAUGAAAUUCCACAUGGUAUCGCUCAAAAAACAGAAACGUUGAUCUUGAAUGACAACCAUUUAACCCUCAUUUCUCCAGAAGUGUUUCAGCACCUUCUCAAUCUCACGUUCCUUGGUUUAGCCAACAACAAGCUGUCACUUCAGAAUGACUCUUUUGACAAUAUCGGCAAGAGCAUCCUCUCUCUGGAUCUCUCUGGGAACUAUUUCACAGACUUGCCAUCAAACUUGUUCAGGAACACAAAGAAACUGGUUUGGUUAAACUUAGCUGAAAACAGAUUGGGUCUUCUGGACAGUACAAUUUUCAGCUCCCUAGAAAAACUCACCUAUCUUGACCUCUCUAAUAACAGGCUGAAGAUGCUUGCACCCAUGUUUGUGGGGCUUUCCCAGCUUGAUACCUUAAUGCUGGCUGGUAACCAUCUCCCCACCAUACCACAGGGAGUUUUUGAUCCCAUUCCUAACCUUAAGAUCCUUGUUCUGUCCCACAAUGAAAUAAGCCAUUUGCCUGAGGGUUUGUUUGACAACCUGAAGAGUCUUAAUGACUUGCUGCUAGAUUAUAAUAAUUUUACUGAGAUAUCACAUGCUAUAUUCACAACCCUCCACAACCUAGAACAUUUUUCAAUGUCUAAAAAUAGAAUCCAAAAUAUUCCACCUCUCUUGUUUGCUGGCAGGUUUACCUUAAGAAAACUUGACUUGUCUAGUAAUUUACUCUCAGAGCUGCCUUUUGACUUCCCUUCAGGGUUGGAGCAGCUGGAAGUUCUUAAUUUAUCUGCAAAUUGUAUUGGUAAUGUUCCCAAAAAUCUAUUCAUAAAUAAUACUAAGCUAGAGUUUCUGCAUUUGGACAAAACUUGUCUCAAGACUCCACCCAUUUUUUCAGGCCUUCAAAAUCUGAUUGAGUUAACUGUAUGCUGUAAUAGCAUAAAAGUCUUACCAAAAACAUUCACUGACAACAUGGCUAAUUUGGAAUUAUUGGAUCUCUCCAUGAACAAUAUCAAAGAAAUAGAGGAUGAUGCAUUUAAGAUGAACCAUAAUAUCACAAAAGUAAUUUUGACUGGGAAUCCAGUUUGCACAACUGAACAAUUUAUGCAUUAUUCUUUUAAAGGACUAGACUGUAGCAGUAAAAAUUAAAGGAUUGGAAGAACUGUACUUCUGCUACCUUCAAUAAAAGUCUAACAUACA